AUGUGGCGACACCCUUCAGCGGACUUCACUAUAUCAAAUAUUCGAUACUUCUCCCGGCACAAAGGAGAGGUAAAUUGCUGCGCAUUCUCUCAUGACUGCCAAAUCCUGCUCACCUGCUCCGAUGACUGGAGCCUGCACCUUUGGAACGCCACAUCUGGGCAACUUCUGGCUAAAAUUAGGGGACACUUAGGUCCUGUGAAAUCUUGUGUUUUCUCCAGUGAUGGCAAACUGUUUGCAAGUGCCUCUCACGAUCGCUCUGUAAGAAUAUGGAACACUUCAACCACAGAAUGUUUGCACGUUCUCGAAGGCCACAGAAAGAGUGUGGAGACGGUGUGUUUCAGUGACGACAGCAGGUGCCUGGUUUCAGGGAGUUGGGACCAGACUGCAGUCCUUUGGGAUGUGCAGAGUGGAAGAAUGUUCAGAAUGCUAUUGGGACACACAGGUGCAGUUCAAAGCAGUGCGUUCUCUACAGAUUCUCAGUAUGUGGCAACAGGCUCCUGGGACUACACUGUGAGAGUGUGGAGUCUACAGAAUCCAGAUGAGGUUAUUACGUUGGAGGGUCACCGUGGCAACGUGUCCUGUGUUUGCUUCUCUCUAACUGGAAUGUUGGCCUCAGGUUCGUGGGAUGGCAAUGUGCGGGUAUGGACGCUGAAGAAAAGAGCGUGUCUCUUUGUGUUGGAGGGGCGUGGCUGGGUCCGAAGCCUGAGUUUCUCCAGGGAUGGACUGGUUUUGGCCUCUGCAGCCGAGGGAGAGAAGGUCAGGAUCUGGGACAUGGAGGAUGGGAAAUGUAUCAGACAUUUGAAGGGCCACCGGGACUCAGCGUACGGAUGUGUGUUCACGCCCAGUGGAGCGCUGCUCAGUGCCGGAGCAGCAGAACUCAGUGUUGAAGCAGAGGACUUGGACGGAGAGAACAGCACGGAUGAAAUCUGA